UUUUCUUAUUCUACUUUCCAGAAAAUUCGUUGUUGAUCUGUACCAGAAAGAACGUGUAUUUCUGAUCGUUGAUUUAUUCCAUCAUCUAUUUUUUCCAAUAUAUUUGUAGUUGCAGCCACACAAAUCGAACAAACUUAACAACAGAUCAAUCGCCUACUUCACUCACUAUGGGAAGACGGCCUGCAAGAUGCUAUCGCCAAAUAAAAAACAAACCAUACCCAAAAUCUCGAUUCUGUCGUGGUGUCCCUGAUCCAAAGAUAAGGAUCUACGACGUGGGCAUGAAAAAGAAGUGUGCUGAUGAACUCCCAUUUUGUGUUCAUUUGGUUAGUUGGGAAAAAGAGAAUGUGUCAAGUGAGGCACUAGAAGCUGCACGAAUCGCGUGCAACAAGUACAUGGCAAAACACGCUGGAAAAGACACGUUCAACUUGAGGGUUCGGGUCCACCCUUUUCAUGUGUUGAGAAUCAAUAAGAUGUUGUCGUGUGCUGGGGCUGAUCGGCUCCAGACUGGCAUGAGAGGUGCCUUUGGGAAACCACUAGGGACGUGUGCUCGUGUUAGCAUUGGUCAGGUGCUUCUUUCGGUUAGGUGUAAGGACAGCCACAGCCACCAUGCUCAGGAAGCUCUGCGUCGAGCCAAGUUUAAGUUCCCUGGUCGCCAAAAGAUUAUUGUUAGCAAGAAAUGGGGAUUUACAAAGUUUAGCCGUCAAGACUAUGUGAGGUGGAAGGCGGAGAACCGGAUUGUGCCAGAUGGUGUCAACGCCAAGCUUCUUGGACGACACGGACCAUUGGCAGAUCGCCAACCAGGAAGGGCGUUUCUCACAUCAACCACUUGAGAAGUUUAUGCCAACGAUGUCUGACCAUCAAAGGAUUAAACUUGGUUCUGUCUGUCUAUGGUGAUACUACGUACUCAAUUCUUUUGUCAGCUUGAAGGAUGGUAUAUGCUAGAGCUAAAAGUAGUAGUGUUUGUGAAAAUAAUUUGAUAUAUAAUGUGGCAAAUUUAGUUGCCCCGUUUACUUGGAAGACAUAUAUUGAAAUAAUAGAGUAUAAUCAUACGAGUUUAUUUUAAUAAAUGAUGUAAUCGUGAUUGAACUAAACGAUUGUAGUAUGAUUAUGAAGAGGCUUUGUGUGUAUUA